CAGAGGAGGAGACGCUCGGCCGCAGCAGCUCACAUCAGCGGGCUUAAUGCACUGAUAAACAUCUCUGUACGGGGCGAUGUUCAGAUUUGUUUGCAAUGGAAACGGAUAUGAUACCAAAAUUCUCCUCAAAAGACGAGGAAAUUGACUUCUGGAAGGCUCUUUCCCUCAAGUACAAAACAAGCUGCCAGGAGGCUCAAGAGGAGCUGCUGGAGUUCCAGGAGGGAAGCAGAGAGCUGGAGGCUGAGCUGGAAGCACAGCUGGGCCAGGCUGAGCAUCGUAUGAAGGACCUGCAGUCUGAGAACCAAAGACUCAAGAAUGAUGUCGAAACACUCAAGGAGAAGCUGGAGCAGCAAUAUUCUCAGAGCUACAAGCAGAUCUCCAUGCUGGAGGACGACCUUGGCCAAACACGCAGCAUCAAGGAGCAGCUCCACAAAUAUGUCCGAGAGCUUGAACAGUCCAAUGACGACUUAGAAAGAGCCAAAAGAGCUACUAUCGUGUCUCUGGAGAACUUCGAGCAGCGUCUGAACCAGGCCAUCGAGAGGAAUGCUUUCCUGGAAAGUGAGCUGGAUGAGAAGGAGUCGCUUCUGGUCUCUGUACAAAGAUUAAAGGAUGAAGCCAGAGACUUGCGGCAGGAGCUCGCUGUCCGUGAAAGACAGUCAGAUGUAUCCAGGAUGUCUGCUCCAAGUUCGCCCACACAGGACAAUGAGAAGAUGGACACUGCGGUACAGGCCUCUCUCUCUCUCCCUGCUACCCCACUGAGUAAAGGUCUGGACAACGCCUUUGCCAACCCAACAGUGCUUUCAAAUGGCUACAGCAGCAACUCACCAUUAACUCCCUCGGCAAGAAUAUCAGCCCUCAACAUCGUCAGUGAUUUACUCCGGAAAGUUGGGGCUCUGGAGUCCAAGCUCGCUGCUUGCAGGAACUUUGCCAAGGACCAGAAGGCUAGGAAGGCGUACGCUCUUGAGAACAGCAACAUCCUCAACGCAAACACAGCCAACUACUCGCAGUCACUCCAUACAUCAUAUUUUGACAAAGCCAGCAGGACAGUGAACGGACUGGAAACUGGUACCCUGACAGCCAUCACCGCCCCUCCUGCUGCCUCCUCCCCUGGCUUAGUGCCCCUCACUGUGUGACGGUAACUCCCCCCUCCGCCCCCCUUUUACCCAACACAUCCAUCCUGCAACAGAAACUCACAUCUACUGUAAUAAAAGGAGGCCCAGACAACGAUGCAACACAAAUGACUAAUACUGUAAAACGUUGAUGUACUGUUACCUUCUCUCACUCUCUCUGUGUCUGUUGCUCUGACUCAACACUUGUGCUUCGUUCCUGCUGUAAUUAUGUGUCCAUGUCUGUAUAUUUUAUGUGUUACUGUAUAUGCUGUUUGUUCACCGGCUUGUAUAAAGAUGACACAGCCGUCUCUACUCUGACACACGCUUUAAGAUUCCCUCAGGAUCUCCCUUGAUUUGUGAAAUAAUUACUGAGUGCACCAUAUCAUCUUAAAAUGGAAAUGAUAUGCAAUUUAAAUUUUUUUUUUUGUUGUUGUUGGAAUUUUUGAGCACACAGUUAACAAUUUAAACAGCUUUUUUCACUCCUUCUACAGCAAUAACUUCAAUUAAAGUAACAGUUAAGUGCACUCACAUCCACCUCAAAGCCCAUGAAUGGGGGGGAAAAAAGGUUUUAAUGGGUUGGCACAUGUGCAAAUGUCCUGAAUAAUUGUGUGCCACAUGGUCUAUGUCACCAUCAAUUAUUGAUGUUUUAAAAAUGUCCACCAUAUGAGCCUCACAGGCUAAUGUUUUAAAUAUAAUAACUGAUGUUUAGGUGAGGACUCAAGUGAUUUUCCUGUUAACAUGUGAGGGAGUCUCUGUGUCAUUGUAGUGAGUCUAACAGACCAUCUGUCUUCUGAACUAUGUGACAUGAUAUGUACAGUAUUGGUCAUAUUGAUCGUUAUUUAUUGGCAGCAGAAUUAAUUACAGCUGUCGUAGUGUUCAGACCAGUUAACCAGCAUUCUUGGAUUCUGUAGUCGAAAUGUUUUAUCCUGCUGAAGCCGGCGUUUUUUCCAAGUUAACACAAAACAAAAAAACAUUUUUAGUACUGUACACUUUUCAGUAAGCACUUUGAUCCAGGGUGUGAACUUAAUCUGUUUUUUUUUUCAUUUUUAUUCAAGUGCAAUAUUGCCUGUUUGUUAUUGUUCGUAGGUUUGAUUUAUGUCAGAUUUCUUUUAUGGCAUGUUUUAAUAAAAUAUAUAAUUAUUCUCCAUCUAU